GGCUGAUAUAGAGCGAAGAGUCGCGACUGGAUGCACUGAGGCUGUGCAAUUGAAUGCUCUUGUUGCAGCAUUUCAAUGUGCUCGAGAAAUACAGUGUUAAUUUAGGCGAUACCGAACGAAGUAUGGAACGUCUUUGGGUUACGGUGUUGCUGGUUUUUUGCACAACGUGGGGAUGGCACGGAGUUUUUGCGGAGGAUUCGGCUGCUGAUACGCAAGAGGAAUUUGCCCGGCACUACAAUUCUCGAUACUCAGUUUUCGACGAACCGUACAACGUCGAAUUCAAGUAUCACAACUACGAGCAGAUGAGCCGAUUUCUGAGGGCCACUUCUCUACGGUAUCAAAAUCUGACCGCUCUCUAUUCCAUAGGGAAAUCAGUGAAAGGCAGAGAUCUUUGGGUGAUCGUAGUUUCGUCUUCUCCGUACGAGCACGUAAUUGGUAACCCGGAUGUCAAAUACGUCGCCAAUAUUCACGGAAAUGAGGCCAUUGGUCGAGAACUCAUGCUGCAUCUUGUCCACCUCCUGGUAACCAAAUACGGAACCGAUCCCUACAUCACCUGGCUUUUGGACAAGACGCGAAUUCACAUAUUGCCCUCCAUGAACCCUGACGGUUUCGAGGUGUCGAAGGAAGGAACGUGCGAAGGUGGUCAAGGAAGAUACAACGCUCGUGGGUUUGAUCUGAACCGAAACUUCCCAGAUUACUUUAAACAGAACAAUAAGUGGAGUCAGCCAGAAACUGAAGCCGUUAAGGAUUGGGUCUCAAAGAUACAGUUCGUACUUUCUGGAAGUCUUCAUGGCGGUGCUUUGGUCGCCAGUUAUCCCUUUGACAACACCCCAAACUCGAGAAUUUGUCGUUCGGCCCCGUUAUGCGCAGUGUUCCAGAGCUACAGUUCGACGCCUAGCAUAUCCCCGGACGACGACGUCUUCCGUCACUUAUCCCUGACGUAUUCCCGAAGUCACGGUACGAUGCAUCGUGGCGCUGCCUGUUCGCCGAACCAGCCGGGAUUUAAAAACGGCAUUACGAACGGUGCCGAGUGGUAUCCGCUAACCGGCGGUAUGCAGGACUUCAACUACGUAUGGAACGGGUGCAUGGAGAUCACCCUCGAGUUGUCAUGCUGCAAGUAUCCACCGGCCGAGGAUCUCCCCCGUUACUGGGCCGAGAAUCGCGAAGCGCUCAUCAAGUUUCUAGCCGAAGUCCAUCGCGGUGUUCAAGGUUUCGUUAUCGACGAGAAUGGCAAUCCCGUGGAACGAGCCUCUCUCAAAGUGAAAUCGCGGGAUGUCGGUUUUGUCACAACUAAAUACGGGGAAUUCUGGAGAGUUCUUCUUCCGGGAAUCUACAAACUCGAGGUCUACGCCGACGGUUACCUGCCUCGAGAGGUUGAGUUCAUGGUAAUCGAGCAACAUCCCACACUCCUCAAUGUCACUCUUCGCGCUACCAAGAGGCAAGACCACAUUGGCGGUAACCAAGGGACGGUGGGUGUAUACGCAGGACGACCAUCUGAAACUCACCGGGAGCAGAGACCAUCGCCUUAUUACACUCAGGGCUAUUACAGGCCGAAUUCAGGGGCAAACACGGCAGCCGGUGACAAUGGGAACGGGAUUUUUUCUUCCAUCAGUAGCGGCUUCAACUCGAUUGUUACGAAUCUUUUCGGCUAGUUCGAGUAGCAUCGAACUCUUUCUAAAUUCAGACAAUUAGCUACACUAUUAUUUUUUAACAUCGCCACUGACGAUCGCGUAUAUGAUGAUAUAUUUACAUAUACGUGGAUUUAUGAAUUUAUUACCUACGCGUACCGCAAUUAUGUAUGAGGUACGUUACACGCGUUACGUAUGCAUAUUGUAAGGAUUACUUACCCGUAGGUUGUGUCACUUAAUUAAAUAUAGGGGGACCAAUCGAUCGAACCUCCAUGGAUUCGAUUCAUAACGUGAAUUUUUCAUUUGUAAUCGUAAAUCACACUUAACCUUGAGCUGGCACCUUUAUCUGGUGUAACAUUGCUGGCACCUUGGGGUCAUGCAUCGAAGUAAUUUCAUAUUUUGAGUUAAAUUUUUUUUUGGUAUUCACUUGAGUGUCUUUUACAAGAUAAAAAGAUCGCAUGGAUCAUUUUUAAAUUUAAGGUAGUAAAAUUUUUUUUAAAAGGCAAUCUCAAUUAUAAACCCUUGAGUUACGAACGACCCCUAGGUGCCAGCUAAAGGUUAUUAUUACCCGGUGAAAACUGCACCGUUCACUUGCGUACACCGGAAGAAAACCGUGUGGUGCUAAUUCGUAAAGUCGUCACUGUACUACGUUUGUAGAAGUUAAUUUCAUCAUGCGCUAGAGUAAUUGCAUUGGGAAAAUCUUCUUCGUUGUUGUUUUUCCUUUUUGUCAAUUAACUGAUAUACUCAUGUGGUUCACCGUUCGUUACAAUACUGCCUAUAGUUAUUUAUUGUUAUUUAUUUUCUUCUACUAACAAUUAUUCAAAUCACGAAACUGCAGAUGGUGAUAUAUAUAUAUAUAAUUUUUCAACGCGUUUCUCAGUCUUAACUUUCGUUUAGGUAUGAUAUAUUACUCGAUAUAUAUUUUCGUUACCGAAAAUUCAUGCUGCAAAUACGUUUGCCAUGAGCGCAUGUGUUGAUAAAAAUCAAUGCCUUCAGAGGAUUCUUUCGUUAUAAUUAUAUCUUUAAGCUUCUGAUUUAUUUUCACCGGGCCAAUUAUCUUUCCAAUAUCAGCAGGUCACGCGGUCAUCGGCAUUAAAGAAAUUCUUACGCAUAGGUGGAAAAUGAUAGAUGAAUAAUUAAAACGAUUACAGUAUUCCGUAACUGUGCUUCAGCUUCGUGUACGCCAAGAGACUAAAAAAGAAUAAACAAUAGAAACAACUAUAUCAUUACCGAACUAAUAGCAACACACAGUUGUCACGUCAGCGAUGACAGUGAUGGGAAAAAUAUUGAGUAAAUAGCGAUUCCCUAAAUAGAUCCGAGAGCGCACAAGAUUGAUAAAAAAAAAAUAAAAUAAAAAAUCGACCUAAAGAGGAAAGAUAUACCGGAGUACCUGUCGACACUUUCUCUCACAUUCCAUUUAAGAAAAUAUUACAUAUAUAUAAAUAUAUGUGUGUAUGCAUUCGAAACAAAAUCUAUACACAGCUACCUAUAUAGUAUUGGAUAAAAAGCCAGUGAUUAUACUGGCGUUCAUUCAUAUAACACGAUAUACAGAAGACGGAAAAUCUGUGACUAAAUUUAGUAUGAAAAUAAUCGUUGUUUAAUAUUUGAAACAAAAAGUGAAAAUAAAUUUAAAAAAAAAAAAAAAACACAAAUUAAAUGUGAAAGUAUUUUUGUAAUACGCUAUCGGUGCAGAUUAC